UGCACGUUUGGAACUCGGUCAUUUCGUCUGGCGGCUUCUCCGAGGUUGUCUCGAACGCACGUGGCCACGUGUUUUUCAUUGCUCCGAGAAUUUUCUCAGAAUCAACGGGGUGACCAGGAGUGAAAACGGCCGUAGUGUUUCGGAUUGAUAAUUAGAGAAAGAGAAGCAUAUUAAAAUUAUGGCGGCUUACGUAUUAGGCAACGUAAAACCGGCAGACAUGCCGCUACCGGACGAUGGCUUAUCCGCCGAACAGCUACUUGGUGCAGGUGAUGGUCUAACUUACAACGACUUUAUCAUUUUACCGGGUUACAUAGAUUUUGCGGCGGAAGAGGUCGAUCUGUUGUCACCGUUAACUAAGAAAAUCAUGCUGAAAGCGCCCCUUGUCUCCUCCCCUAUGGACACCGUUACGGAAUCGGACAUGGCUAUCGCUAUGGCCCUGUCCGGCGGAAUCGGGAUAAUACAUCACAAUUGUACCGCCGAGUAUCAAGCCAACGAAGUGCACAAGGUCAAGAAAUACAAACAUGGUUUUAUUAGAGACCCAGUUGUAUUGGCGCCACAUCAUACAGUCAAUGAUGUUUUGAAUGUAAAAGCUGAGCAUGGAUUUAGCGGAGUGCCUGUCACAGAUACCGGUAAAGUUGGUGGUAAACUGCUAGGCAUCGUUACUUCUAGGGAUAUUGAUUUCCUCGAGCGUUUGCCGAAUUAUCAAUUUAAAACGCUUAAUUCGAUAAUGACGACUGCAGAAGAUCUAAUCACCGCACCAGCUGGUGUAACAUUGCAAGAGGCAAAUUGUAUUUUGGAGAAGUCUAAAAAGGGAAAACUUCCCAUUGUGAAUGAACGAGGUGAACUCGUAUCUCUGAUGGCACGAACUGAUUUGAAGAAGAAUCGUAGUUAUCCAAAUGCUAGCAAAGACGAGAAUAAACAGUUGUUAGUAGGUGCUGCGAUAGGAACGCGCGAAACGGACAAGCAUAGAUUGGAAUUGCUCGUAGCGGCUGGCGUAGACGUAGUAGUGUUGGAUUCAUCGCAAGGCAAUUCUAUGUACCAAAUCAACAUGAUUAAAUAUAUCAAGUCGCAAUAUCCAAAUUUGCAAGUAAUUGCUGGUAAUGUAGUGACUACAAUACAAGCCAAGAAUCUUAUAGAAGCAGGAGCAGAUGCGUUACGUGUUGGAAUGGGUUCUGGAUCUAUCUGCAUAACACAGGAAGUAAUGGCUGUGGGACGGCCACAGGCAACAGCUGUUUACAAGGUUUCUGAAUACGCUAGAAAGUUUGGAAUACCGGUUAUAGCAGAUGGUGGUAUUCAAUCGAUCGGACAUAUUAUUAAAGGUCUCAGUUUAGGUGCUAGUACAGUCAUGAUGGGUUCUCUAUUGGCUGGAACAUCUGAAGCUCCAGGCGAAUAUUUCUUUAGCGACGGAGUUCGUCUUAAAAAGUAUAGAGGCAUGGGAUCUUUAGAUGCUAUGAAUAGAAAGGAUGCCAAAGGUUCAGCUAUGGAUAGAUAUUUUCAUAAUGAGAUGGACAAAUUAAAAGUGGCUCAAGGUGUUAGUGGUUCUAUAGUCGACAAAGGUUCAGUACUUAAAUUUUCGCCUUAUUUAACCUGUGGUAUUAAGCAUGGAUGUCAAGAUAUUGGUGCAAGAUCACUUACCGCCUUGCGAUCUAUGAUGUAUAGCGGGGAAUUAAAAUUUGAAAGGAGAACGCAUUCUGCUCAACAAGAAGGCAAUGUACAUAGCUUAUUCUCCUAUGAGAAAAGGCUUUUCUAAUUAUAAAAUAAAAUGAGAAAUCAUCAAACACGCGUCACGCGGAAACGUACCUGCAUUUAAUCGAGUAGCAAUUAUUUUACAAGACAAACAUGUGAGAAAUCAUGUAGGUUUAUUUCUUUUAAAUGCAAACAUGAGGUAUUUUUCAUACUUGUAUUUAAAAAUGAAUCAUUUAUCUCAAAAGAAUUUUCAAUGAGAAAAAAAAUAACAUUGAGUCACACUUAUAAGAAUUU